AUGGCUGCGCCUGGAGGGGCUCGCGCGCCGCCGUCCGCCGUCACCACGCUCGUGGAGGCGGCCGUGCGCGGCGCCGUCCUGGGAGGCGCCCCGCGCCGCACCGUCGCCACGGCUGCACGCUCCGCCGUCUCGGCCUCGCUGUUCGCGCAGCGCGCCGAGGCGCCCGUGCUGCCUCCGCGCGACGCUGCCGCUGGUGCUGUUCCUCCCGACGUGCCUCCUGGUCCUCGUCCUUGCCGCGCUGGUGCCGCGGCCGCUGACGCUUCGGCGCGAGCCUUGAAGCGUCGGCGGCGCCGCAUGCGCCGCGGCGACGGCGGAUGCCGGCGGAUGAGGAGGAAGGCGAAGGCGUCGGGGGAUGCCGGUGCCAUGGAGGUGGAGGCGGAGACGGUGGACGCCGCUGCGGCGGAGAGCGAUGCUGCGGGCGCCGCCGCCGCCGAGGGGGGCGACAUCGUCGACGACGAGGUGCCUGCGGCGCCUGCUGUCGCGGCAGGGGAGCCGUCGGAGGCGCGGGUGCUCGCGGAGGCGCGCGCGCGUGCCCUCGCGGGCUUCUCUGACGCGACGGACCCGGCGGAAGUCCAGGAGGCCGUGGCGGCGGCCGUGGCUGCGGCUGCCUGGGGCCCCGGGGGCUUGCUGAGGGCCCUGGGCCGCUGGGGCGUGCCGGCGCUGCAGGCCUGGGUCGCUCGCUGCCCCGUGAUCGAGGCGUGGGCGUGGGUGCUCUACAACGUGGCCGGCGCGCCGCUCUUCCACCAGAAGAGAGUUGCGGGUCAAUUGGCACUCACGGAUGAUGUGAUCAUAGUGGCGCCUGACGACAUGGUCUACGCGGAGCGCUUGCUGGCAGCCCGGGAUGGGCCCCCCCUGCUGCCGCUGAAGGGGCGGGCGUUGGUGGGAGCCGCCGCUGGCCCGGGCGGUGAUGCCGCCGCGUUGGCCGCCGCGGGGCUCCCGCCGGCGGCUGUGGGCGCUGCUGGGCCGCCGCCGCCCGCCGCGCUGCCGCCUGGCCCGCUGGACGUGGACGCCUUCCCCUUCGGCUCGGUGGUGCAGGUCGGGCCGAUCUCGGGCAUCGUGCUGGCGUCGCGGGCUGGCAGGCGCGGGGUCGUCACGCUCGGCGCGGGGGUGUCGGCCAUGGCUUUCAUCCUGGAAGAUUGGAGGCGGGCUGACUUCUCUGCGAAGUGGCGGGGGUCCGAUCCGCGGACGUCGGCGCGCAUCGCGGGCAGCAGUGGACCUCGCAGCUGGCUCACGCCGCUCUCGGCCGCCUGGUUCGUGGCUGGGCUGCUCCGCGAGGGCGGGCCGAUUCAGCAUCGCGAGAACUGGAAGGCACGCAAGCGGCUCAGCACCUCGGACUACGGGGUCGCCGAGCACCACACUCUGAGCACGGUGCUGGAGGACCUAGCGACGAUCGGCGAGGUCAAUGUGUCGAGCCUCGUCGGAACGGAGCGCCUGCUCAGGAAGAUGCAGCUCAUCGAGCACUUCUGGGCCACGGGGGCAUUCUACAGUUUCCUGCCAGCAGCCCAUCGCUGGCUCAAGGCGCCGACCCAUCCGAACGCGCCGCUCUUCCCGAUCACCCCCGCGCAGGCCGGCACCUUCUUCGAGCAGGCGGCGGCCGACGUCGGCGUUGCGACGCUGGCGCCGCAGCUGCGCCAGCUCAGGCACGCGGGGCCGUCGGUCGAGCUGGCCAUGAAGCUGCGGACCCUGGCCAGCGUCAAGCUGCGCGGCGGCUGGAGGGCUGGCGCCUCGGUCGCCCGGUACCUGAAGCUUGGGCGCGUGAGCGAGCAGCUGCAGGGGCUGGGCCCCGCGGUGCAGCGCGCGGCCCUGCUGGUGUUCUCGGGCGAGGGCGUGCUCGCGGCUGCCCCGCGCAGAGAGGGCCCCCUGGUCAUCGAGUUGGACGUCGCCUGGGGGCCCGACUGGGAUCUGACGGUCCCGAAGGUGGCACGGCUGCUGCGCGGCUGGCUGGGCGCGGGGCCUAUCUGGGGCAUGCACUUCUGGGUGCCCUGCCAGACGUGGACCAGGAUCAGGACACUGGACCUCUUCGCGCACCAGGUGGUCGACGGCCACCCGCGGCGGAGUGCCCCCUCGCGGCCCGUCCCGCGGCGGUGCCCGGCGCGCGCGCGGCGCUCCAUGGCGAGCCUGGACGAGCGCGCCCUGGAGACCGCUCUCGCGGGCCUGCGCGAGGAGCUGCGGGGCGGUCUGGACCGCCUGGAGAGGCUCCUGCGCGAGGAGCUGCGCCCGCCGGAGCGGCUGCCGGAGCGGCUGCCGGAGCAGCUGCCCGCCUCGCCGGGGGGGCGGCGGGGGUCUUCGUCGUCGGGGACCCAGAGCGGCCCAAGUGAGAAGACGUGCGCGGCCGCGGGGCCAUGGACCGAGAGUAAGAUUAGCGACUGGGCGGGUCGCGGCGGCAGAGGCAGGGCUCGGCGGAGGAACAGAGACGUACCCGAGCCCGAGCCAGAGCUCCCAGAGCCGCGGCUGGCGUCGUGGAGGUUGAUACAUCGCCACGAGACUGCAUUCGACACCGUCAUCGGCCUGAUCAUCGUCUUGAAUUCCCUAAUGCUGGGGGUGGAGAUUCAGUGUGAUCUGGAUGGCAAUGCAGCCUGCACGCAGAGGGCCCAUGAUCUGGAGCAUAUUUUCCUGUCGAUCUUCACAGUGGAGCUGGUCAUCCGCGUACUUGCUGACGGCUGGAACAAUUUCCGCAGCAGGUGGUUCCUAUUCGACCUCAGUUUGGUUAUGAUGGGAGUGUUUUCCACCUGGGUGGUACAUCCCAUUGUGGAAAAUACCUCGGACGACGCUCCAGGACGACUGUUGCUCGACAUUGUGUCCAAGGUUCUAGUGAUGCGGAUACUGCGACUCACCCGCCUCGUGCGCGCUCUGCGCAUCUUCGAGCAGUUUCAGGAGAUGUGGAAGCUUGCGAAUGGCCUCCUGCGCUCGUUCCGGACUGUUAUGUCCGCCUGCAUCAUGAUAUUAUUGACGGUAUUCGUGUUUGCUUGUCUCGGCGUUGAGCUGAUCUUUCAGGAUUCUUCCUUGAUGGGAGAUCCAGUGACCGCAGAGGUUAUCCAGGAUCAUUUCCGAUCUCUGCCGGUAGCGAUGUUCACCUUGGUUCAGUUCGCAACCGCAGACUCCAUUGCAAGCGUGUACAUGCCUAUCGUGACUAAGGCAUGGUAUAUGGGAGUCUAUUUUGGAUUUGUCUGGCUCAUCGUGACUAUCAAGCUGAUGAACUUGAUUACUGCUGUCAUUGUGGACAACGCCAUCACACAAGCCGACGAAGAUCGAGAGAUGGACCUGGUUCUUAGGCGAGGCGAGUUGAGGCUUCUUGAACCUACGGUCAAACGUGUCUUUGAGAGACUCAACAAGACGCCCGGAACGAAGAGCCUCAGCUUGGAGGACUUCAGGUCUGAAUUGGAAAAGAUCAUGCAGGCGCCCGUUUUGAGAGAUUUAGAUUUGCCGCCAGAGCUCAGGAAGGUUUUAGCUUCGGGCCAGAUCGUAGACGUCUGCAGUUAUCUCGACGCCGAUCGCUCGGGCGAGAUCGACGAAGACGAGUUCGUGGACGGCAUCUUCAACUUGAUGCUCCAGUCCGUCCCCGUCGAGACCACCCAGAUGCUCCAGAUGCUGCGCUCACAGGGCAAAAGCAUGAAAGACAUCGAGAAAAAAAUCGGGAUGCUCGCCCACACGAUGAGACACAAGACACAUCGAGAGGAUGCUCGCUGA